AUGCGAUGGGGCGACGGGUCCGGGUUGAAAGCCAGGGCACGGCAAGACGAGACGCUGGGUGAAGUUCUGAACGAUGUAUCCAUGCAGCGCAGCUGGUGCUCUGUUGGAUGUUCGGCCGACAUUUCGGAGGGUCUGCAGCUCGCGUGGAGACCAAGGAACUACAAGCUCCCGUUCACCAAAGUCCGGAAGGGGAUUCCUCAGGAUGCUCCACCGGAGGUGAGAGAUGCCUACAUGGAGAAAAACCGCGACAUGCAGCGGAGGACGAAAUCCAAGCUGAUGACGCGAAUGGCCGAGUUAGAAGGUACGCCGGUGGAUCCGAGGGAGCUGAACCGAAGGUCGGUGAUGAUUGUUGAUGCUGCGGAGGAGGAGACGCAGGUUGAAGAGGACAUCGACUUCACGGAUCAGUUCGCGGAAGCUGAGCAACCCAUGCUGGCUAUGGAGCCUAUGGAGGGCCAGUGA